UGUGCGCCGCAGAACUUUCUGUCGCUCAAUGUCAGAUGGUCCACAUUAUUCUACAUUUUCCUGGACAAAGCGGGCAUUAGGUUGACCGACCGCUGACACGAGGAGCUGCACACACAGCGUACAGCGGCUGGGCGCAGAUGUUCAGCCCCGCCAUGAUUCGGCAGUGUUUAAAAUGCAGAGUUUGUCUGCAGCCUGCUCGUGCUUACAGUGUGGUUCCGCCCCCGCGUGACCCCGAGGAGAGGGACAUGCUGCACCGCAUGCUGCGCGUGGACCACGCCGGUGAGUACGGUGCCAGCCGCAUCUACGCCGGCCAGAUGGCAGUGUUGGGCCGCUCCAGGACCGGACCUCUCAUCCAGGAAAUGUGGGAUCAAGAAAAGAAACACCUUGAGAAAUUUAAAGAAAUUCUGUCAGAAAACCGGGUCCGGCCCACAGCACUGCUGCCUCUCUGGAACGUCGCUGGCUUUGUACUCGGAGCUUCCACGGCUCUGCUGGGGAAAGAGGGGGCCAUGGCCUGCACCGUGGCUGUGGAGGAGAGCAUCUCCGAACAUUACAACAGCCAGAUCAGAGCGCUGAUGGAGAAAGACCCAGAGAGAUACACAGAACUGCUACAGGUAAUAAAGGAAUUCAGAGACGAUGAGAUGGAACACCACGACACGGGCCUGGAGCAUGACGCUGAAACGGUACCAGGAUACUGGCUAAUGAAAAAUGUCAUCCAGCUGGGCUGCAAAGCCGCCAUCUAUGUUUCUCAACGUGUUUGAAUCUGUUUUGUGAACAUUCAUACAGUUUUUGUAAAUUGAUUAAUUUAAAAUGGUGUUCUGUUCAUUUGGAGCUCUGUGUCGUUGCUCCUUUGCCAGAUGAAAUGUUGUUCCACAAACAUUUGAACUGAAACCGUUUGGAUCCAGUUUUUUUUUUUUUCCUGUUUUGUGGAGAAUAAACGAGUGACACGAAUGCUGAGUUGUAAUAUUGCAGUCCUAAGUUUUCCUCUUGCCUUUGGCCGAAGCGUGCUGGCCUGCUCCACACAUGAUCGGGACAUUGAUGCUGCCGUCCUCACAGCAUCGUACCCUUCAGCAAACCCUCGUGUUUCACAUGUAAUAGUUCAUAUAUCAAGCUGAGCAAUGACUUGUCAUCCUGGCCUAACGGCCGAGCGCCCGCACACAGCUGUUCUGCGGACGUUGGGUCACUGAGCAGGAGGGAUUGAGCCGAGCUUUCCAGGCGCCCCUAAUCUAUUAGGCCUUUCAUCAGGUUGAGCAGGUUGAACAAAAUGUCCAUCCACCCUCCUGGUCAAUAUCAGCACGUCCUCGCUGCGCGUGGAGUUCUGACCCCAAGCCCUUCUACCUGCGCCGGGUAAUGACAGCAAUGCCUUUCUCUGAAUGGAAAAAUAACGCGUUGCAUGAAAGCAGGUGGAUGGUGAAGGAAUCAUGAAUGGAAAGGGCUGCAAUUCUGAAAUUUCUGCUCAGCACUGAGCUGAAAAAGAAGCCUCAAGUCAGUGUUUUGAUCACGUUCAUGGAAAGAGUUAGGUAACGCGGCUCUUAAAUCUCCCGUGGGCGUCCAUCUACGACCGCAGCCCGCAACCUUCACAACCUUCUGCCUCCCAUCGAGCUGAUCUGCAUUUCAGUUUCUUUCCACAUACGAAACACACAAGAGUGCCAACACCGAUCACUGAUAUUAACGAACACUAUGAGGGGGAAAAAAGAAUCUUAGUAAAAAUAGAAAUAUUUUAACACUUUGGGAGAUGAGUUUAGAAUGUCAUGACUUAUAAUCUAAAGAAUAAAGAAGUCAUGUUUGA